CAUUUAUUUAAACCAACUGGAAGGACGACAUGGACCGAGUUUGCCAACGACAAUCAUGUUCCGCCAACUAGCACGCACAUGGAAAACGUUAGACCUUCCAUGGAGAUCUCAAAAGCUCCACACAGAAAGGGUACGAUCUGAUUGGCAAUAUGUACUUUGAAGGACCGCCAAUGAGAGCUGGUACGGACCGAACGAGAAGGACAAUCGAGUACUUUGAUGGAAGGACAGAGUUUUAUGACUAUGAUCCUGAACUCAUCCCAGUGCAAUGGCAAUCUUGGUUGAGGCACUGCCGGGACGACCCACCUACACUCGCCGAACUUCGAGAAGCAGAAGCACAGCGGUUGUUGACAAUACAGCGAGCGGCCGAACUAGAUCGCAAGUGGGAGGAACGGAAAUUGGAACUGGAGCGACAACGAGCAGCCGCACUUCCAGCUGCCACCCCAGAGUCAUCCCCCACUGCUCCCCAUGGACAAGGUGACACGUUCGAGCCUGGUGCUUGGACGCCGGCUUCUAAACGCCGAUGACGUCCUACGUUGCCGUCCCAUAGUUCUUAUCAUCAUGUAGAAUAACAUAUCCCCUAAUGCAUGCCCUUAUUGUCACUCCGCGAAUGCGAGGUGUGUCGUCGAUUGUGAAGUAUGAUACAAUACAAUGCCCAUAAAGCUUCAGAUA